UCCAUACCACACCCCCUGUUCCUUGCGCACACGGAGCACAGCGCGCCACAAGUGACAAGCUCUACAGAUCGCCAAAUGGACAAAUUUAAAACAUCUCCACGAAAGUUUUGAUUGGGACGGAAGACGCUUCACAAUUGGAAACUGUUUGACAACUUUGUGGGAAGAGAUUGGGAAGAAUAACAUCAUCUUGUAACUCCCUCCUUUUGAACUUGUGGACUUAGGAAACACUCCCAUCACAUACCGCGCAUAUAAGUCCGUCAUCGCGCUGACAGGAGAGCACUCAGACAUCCGGAGCUCAAGUAAAGGACAUUAACAACACCAAGAACUCGUGAAAACAGAGUGAGAAGGGGGGCUGGUGGCAGAGGAUGGAGGCCCUGCUUCCUGUUCUGUGGGGGUACCCAAUCCCCUCAGUGCUGGUGUGCGCGCUCCUCUUCAGGGUGGUCGACCAGUUCCUCCAAAGGUUGCCCGUGCCCAAAGUAGUCCAACAAGACAAGUUUUAUGCUUGGAGGUGGAGGAACCUUUCUGUGUCUAUGGUACAUUCACUGCUCACUGGCACAUGGGCCGUGACCUGUGUGGUGGUGUGGCCCGAGACACUGCAGGAUCUCCACCUGUACCAUACUCCUCUGUCCUACCUGCUCGUCUGUGUGUCAACAGGGUACUUUGUGCAAGAUGCAUGUGACAUCAUUUACACUGGACAUGCCCGUUCAUCAUGGGAAUUCCUCCUGCACCAUGUACUGGUGCUGAGCUGUUUCCUGUAUGCGAUAUGCUCUCAGUUGUAUGUAGCUGGAGCAGUCGUGGCUCUCUUUGUGGAGGUCAAUAGCGUCACUCUGCACCUGCGCCUGUUGUUGAAACUGGCCGGAGCUCAGUCCACUCCCCUCUAUCAGAUCAACAAAGUGGUCAAUAUCAUCACAUAUGUGAUUUUCCGGCUAUUCACCCAGUUCUACCUCACUUGGUACAUUCUCAGCAACUAUGCCAGUCUGGACAAUGCUGGAUUUUUUCUCAUUUGUAUGAUUGUCAUGAAUAUUAUGAUGUCCAUAUACUUGUACCGCUUGAUCCGCGCUGAUUUCUUUACUCGAAGAAAGAGUAGCAUUACACAAAAUGGGACUCACAACAACAAUUUAAAAAAGUUUCUUACAGAUUAAAUGUUCAGGCACAAGUUAUUUUUUUAUAGAAACAAUUUUAAUGAUGAUGCCUUGUUUGUAAUUUUAUUGUCAACUCAUGUCGUUCCUCCUAGAGCUGAAUUCACUUUUGAUCCCUUUAAAAAUGCAUUACAGCAACGUUUUAAUGUUUGCAUAAAGCUUUAGUUAUGUAUUUAUUUUACCAUUUUGGACAACACAUCCAAAAACAGUAGUGCUGAACUUUCACUAUAUUCAAAUAGAACACUAAGCCCCAAAAUUUUAAAAUGCUCUGAUCUGCUGUUUUGGCACAUGUGUCUCUAUGAUGCCUUGUGUGGUGGAGGAGACUUUCUGGAUGGUUACAGGGUGAAGGUGCUAAAUCCUUAUUUUGCUCAGUAAGCAGUAAAAUCAAGUGUCUAAACACAAGCACUGUCAAGUCCAUUCUUUUUUUUUUUUUUUAAAUGUCAUUCCUUUAAGAUGUCUUUCCUUAGUCUAACAAUAUAGGCUACUUUUGUCAUUUUGGUAGAAUUAUUUUUCAAACAAAAACAUGUGCCAUUACCACAUUGCCUUAUUUUUCAUUGAAUAAAACAAUGAAUGUAACAAACUUGACGUUGUAUCUUGUGCCCAAUGUGUUUGAGGUUGUUAAAACUGUAAUUUGAAAUAAAUAAAAACAAACAAACUGUG